UCAAAUUUUCAAUAAUUUGUAGUAAUGUCAUUUAAUGGCCUUUAAAUUCUGCACAUGCUUGAGCUUCAUAGGUCAAACUUUCUGCUGUUUAUUGCAUAAUUAUUAUUUUUUAUUUUAAUUUUUUUUAAUUGGGUUUUCAACAGAUGGACCAUGUAUAGAAGUGAUGACCCCAUCAAUUUAAAACCUCUGUUUUUUUCUGUCAUCCACUGCAAUUAGUGCAUUUCAUGAGUAUACUAGUGUGUUAUCUUGACAAAAUCCACUCUUUAAAAAAAAAAAAAAAAUUGCAUUAAACCCUCUUCUUGAUCCAGUAAUCAGCACUAAUAUUUCUCAAAAAAGUUCAAAUCUUUGGUAAUUUCUCCAACAAUCUCUAUAAUUCUUGUUCAUAAAAAACCAUUCUUGGAACAAAAAAAAAUAAAAAAUAAAAAAAAUCAGACAACUAACUCAUGGAUGCGAAGCUUCUCCACUACCUGUCUGUACAUUUCUCAAUCCUCAUCCUCUCAAAUGCUUUCACACCCCAAGACAACUACCUCAUCAACUGCGGAUCAGCCACCAGCGCAACACUUGUCGACAACCGCCACUUCGCCGGAGAUUCAUCGGAGAACGGUUCUUCCCAUCUCUCUGAAGGUAAAUCACUUUCUCUCACUAACCAAAACCCAUCUCCCAAUUCCCCCCUUCUCUACUCCACAGCCCGAGUUUUCACUUCACCUUCAACCUACACUUUCAAUAUCAAGAACAUCAACUGGACCCACUUGCUGCGUCUCCAUUUUGCCCCUUUCAAAUCCCUAAAUUACGAUCUCAGCCACGGAAAGCUCAGCGUUUCUGCAAAUGGGGUUUCUCUGCUAACCAAUUUCGUCGCUAAUUCCACUGUUCUCAAAGAGUUCUUCUUUACGGUAGAUGAAGAAGAUCUUGAGAUUCUGUUCACACCUGUCGGCGGCGGUUCCGGUUCCGGUUUCGCUUACGUGAACGCAAUCGAACUUUUCUCUGUACCGAAAGAUUUCUUCGUCGACUCAGCUGGGAUAGCGUUAAUCAACCCUGACGGAAUCCAAGAAUUCAAACGGAAUAUCACCUCCCACGUGUUGGAAACCGUCCACAGAAUUAACGUCGGCGGUCCUAAGUUAACCCCGUUUAACGACACACUCUGGCGGACUUGGAUCCCGGAUGAAGAUUUCCUCGUCUUGAAAACAGCCGCCAAAGUUGCCACCACGAACGACCCCCCGAAUUACGAACUCGGCGGCGCAACCCGAGAAACCGCCCCCGAUAAUGUGUACAUGACCGCGCAGCAAAUGAAUGUAGUCAACGACAGCCUGAUUUUUCACUUCAAUAUAACGUGGGAUUUUCCGGUGGGAGCCGAUGAUCCGAUGCAUUUGGUCCGCUUGCAUUUUUCCGACAUUGUUAGCAUUGCACUCAACACGUUGUACUUUAACGUAUACAUAAACGGGGUCACCGCGUACAAAGAUGUGGAUUUGUCCGUUCUUGCGUUUCAUCAGCUCGCGUCUCCUUAUUACAUCGACUUCGUGGUGAGGAACGCGAAAGAUUCGGAUAUCGUUCGGAUUAGCGUCGGCCCUUCGGAUUUAAGCAGCACAUUGAGGAAAAACGCUAUUCUUAAUGGAGUCGAGAUUAUGCGAAUGGUGGAUUUUAUAUCUUCUUCACCACUCAAAUCUCGUGGGAAAAGCACAUGGAUUGUGGUUGGUUCGGUGGUUGGAGGGUUUUUUGCAAUAAGUUUCGUAUUUCUUGCAAUUCUAGCUUUGCUCAAAUGCAAGAAGAAGAAAAGACCGAAAAAGACAAAACCGAGACGUGCAGAAAGUGCAGGAUGGACUUCUUUACGAGCGUACGGCGCCAGCUCACACGCCACAAUAUCCCUAGCUUCACCUGGGCCCUACGGAUAUUCCGGUCUAAAGAUUCCCUUUACCGAUCUUCAAUCAGCUACAAACAAUUUCGACAAGAAUCUAGUAAUCGGCUCGGGUGGCUUCGGUACGGUCUACAAAGCAAUUCUUGAAAGCAACAGCAUAAAAGUUGCUGUGAAAAGAGGCAUGCCUGGUUCAAGACAAGGCCUCCCAGAAUUCCACACAGAAAUCGCCGUCCUAUCAAGAAUCCGCCACCGCCACCUCGUAUCACUCGUGGGCUACUGCGAAGAGCAAUCCGAAAUGAUACUCGUUUACGAGUACAUGGAAAAGGGUCCGCUGAGAAGCCACCUGUACGGCUCUGAUUCGCUGCAGCCACUGCCAUGGAAGCAGAGGCUAGAAAUAUGCAUCGGUGCAGCUAGAGGCCUCCACUACCUCCACACGGGGUCCGCCCAAGGAAUAAUCCACCGUGACAUAAAGUCAACAAACAUUUUACUCGACGAAAAUUAUGUUGCUAAGGUGGCGGAUUUUGGUCUCUCGAAAUCAGGCCCUUGUCUGAAUGAAACUCAUGUUAGUACGGGUGUGAAGGGUAGUUUCGGGUAUUUGGAUCCGGAGUAUUUUCGCAGGCAGCAGCUUACGGAUAAGUCGGACGUUUACUCAUUUGGGGUGGUGCUUUUCGAAGUGCUUUGUGCAAGACCGGCGGUCGAUCCUUUAUUGAAUAGGGAAGAAGUCAAUUUAGCAGAGUGGGCAAUGGAGUGGCAAAAGAAGGGUUUGAUCGAGAAGAUUGUGGACCCUUUUAUUGUGGACGAGAUAAAACCGAGCUCUUUGAAGAAGUUUGGGGAAACGGCUGAGAAGUGUUUGGCUGAGUACGGUGUGGAUAGGCCGACUAUGGGGGAUGUUUUGUGGAAUUUGGAGUAUGCUUAUCAGCUUCAGACGAACGAAAGGAAAAGGGAACAUGGGAUUGAUGCUGAUGAUGGCUCCGAAGCGGCGGUAACACCACCACCUAUGGGUGUUCCGGCAAGGCGUGGUGGCGUUGAUGCGGACAGUGAUGAUGGUACUUCGGAUAUAUCGAGCAGCCGUGUUUUUUCGCAGCUGAUAACCAAUGAAGGCAGAUAACCAAUCUUGUCCAUUGAGUGCAUUUAUAUAAUUUCCACAUAUAUUUAAGCUCUAGUGUUUUUGUAAUGUAUGCCUAUAAUUCAGACAUGGAAUUAUACAAUGUUUCCAACUGUAUAUUACUUUUCUUAGGUUGCUAUUCAUUUUUAACUUUGAUUCA